AUGACCGAUUUACAGAAAAGAUAUUACAAGGCAAUACUUCUGAAAGAUUUGGGUAAGGAGUUUCAAUACUGAGUUAAGCAAAUCUAAUUGCUUGUUGCUUGCAUGCAUUAGUGGUGAAAACUUUUAAAAUUUAAGAAUUAAUUGUUUGGUACUUAAUAAAAUUCUUUCAGUAUAUCUUGUAGAUUAUUAUUGAAAUUGUGUUUUAUAUUUAGGGCAUUUGAAUAGGAGAGGUGUAAUUAUUGAGGCAUAAAUUAUUUCAUAUCUAUGGUAUUUUAAUAGAAAAAUAUGGUUUUUCCGCAUGCAAGUGUUGGCAUUUUUAGAGUCAAAACCUCGGAGAAAGAAUCAAUGAGGAGAGUAAUAACACAACUAAACAAACGCUACAACAUUUUACUUUGCAAUGAAAUACAAAAUUGGGCUGCUACUGUACUUCACAAUCUUUUUGAUGGCGUAGCCACAGGCAAACAUUUUAUUUUUAAAGAAACACCAGAGAGAAUCCUUGAAGGAAUGGCUAGGUUUUCUUCACAACAAGCUACCGUUUUGCGUAAAACUAAUAAAAAUGAGGCUCUUAAAAUACUGUGUUACAUAGAGAGUACUAGCUUUCUGCUGUAUGUCAUGCAAACUUUAGUAUGAUCUAUUUACCAACCUAUGUUUUAUUGUUUCUCCAGAUGCCUUCAAUUCUGCAAGUGGUUUCAUGAAGACAAGACUUAUGAAUAUUCUAAUACAGCUCAGAAAAUGUAUCAAUCAUCCAUAUUUAUUUGAUGGUAAUGCUUCUGAGAAGUUGAAAGUUCUCUUCAUUUAGAUUUAAUCUUUCAAAAACUAAUUAUAUUCAGUGUUUUCUUUGUCGGCUUCUUUUAAAGGCACCUGUGAUUCCAAAUCUAGACUAACUGCAGUUCAGAUCAUCAGGUCUUGGUCACCGUCGAAGGCGUGCGUUCGGGAUGUCAUGUAACGCUUCUUUCUUUUGAGGGAAAGUGUCGCGUGACACCCCAAAAGUACGGCUGCUAAAGAUAUAGAUAUAUAUAUAUAUAUAUAUAUAUAUAUAUAUAUACUUAUUUUCUAUUUUUCAAACUGGCAGAAUCUUUAUUCAUAUAUUAAAUCAAAGCUUUUUGGAAGUUUGUCAUUUAAUGUACUGGUUUUUAAUUUUGUUUCCAAGGAGUGGAACCUGAGCCAUUUGAACUUGGGGAACACCUUGUUGAUGCAAGCGGUGAGUUAAGAUUUGUAUAAUCGGGGAAGGUGGCGAGGUCCAGGUAUGUCUUUGCCCACGUGAUACUCAUGUUAAAUUUUCGUUACGGAAUUAGAGGAAAAUGGUUGAAAAAACAUAUCUUAUGGUGGAAUCUCUAGAGAAAUUUUCUGCGAAGAAAGCCCUUUGCUCACGGUUUUUAUGAGUGAUCAGUUAAUAAGCAAUCAUUGGAUGAAUUAUCAAAGGCGAGGUCUGAGAUAUCCGCCUAAAGCUGAGGCAGAUAACACAGACACGAGGUUUGAUAAUUCACGAUAUCCUCGAAAACCGAAUUCAAUAAUUGUUUCAUUAUACAUUUUUUAAACAAUCUGCCAAAGAAGACACUUCUCACUGAGUUAGCAAAAGUUUGAGAACACUGCGCGGACAAGGGGCCGGGAAACUAGGCACACUUUUAACUCGACGUGAUAACCCAAAAUCUGCUGCAGAUAUUGGGUUAAAAUAUCAACUUUACACGCUAUUGUAUAUUGACCGAAUGCUUUAGACCAAUCAGAGUUUUCAUUGUAAGUCUAAUGUAUAAUAAUACUAUUUAUUUGUGUUGGUCAAUUUUCAGGGAAACUUCGAAUUAUUGACCAGUUGUUAAUUUUCCUUAAAGCAAGGUCAGUUCAAAGCCAAACUGCACGUCAACGAAACGAAGUAAACACAAAAUUAAAAAUAGGGGUUUGCCAAUCGACAGUGGUGUGCUUUAUGACACUCCGAGAUUACGUUUGGUUACGUUUUUUUGCGAUGUCACUUUGCGUGAUUUUUUCCAUUCCGAUUUUUGUGUUGUGCUACGCUUCCAUUCGUUUCAUCUCGUCAUUUUAUGCCUAAUGUCCCUAUUCGCUCCACAGGGGACACAAAGUUUUAAUGUUCUCACAAAUGACAAGAAUGUUAGACAUCAUUCAGGACUACCUUGGUUACAGAGGUAAGCAAACCCUAUCAACUGAUUCUUGUUUAGGUGGACGUAGGAUGUCUUCCGUCCGUUAAAACCCUCAUUCUGCCUCAACGAAUCGAUCAUUCGAAGAUUCUACAAAACAAUAGUACUCAAUCACAGGCAUCGCAAUCCCAACAAGAAUACUUCUUUAGGAGGCUAUAGUCACAUUACGGAUCGAAAAAUUAUUCUAACUUUUUUAGGACGAAGAAUUGCUUCCCCUUUCCAAUUCCUCUUCAUUCUGACAAUUCUUUUUGGGUAAUUACAUCGUUCUUUAUUUUUCUUUCUAGCCAAAACAGUAUUUCAGUUUUGGUUUCAACUAAUUUGAGGUAGUUUUGUCAGUCAACAAAUCAAAAUAGACAGUGUAAUAAUAUAUUGUCUUAAUUGUUUCAACAACAAGUAAGAUCCCUUAUGUCCAUAGGAUAUUCCUAUGAACGACUGGAUGGUUCUGUCCGUGGAGAGGAACGCUAUCUUGCCAUUCAAAACUUUAACGAAACAGAAGACACUUUUAUAUUUCUUUUGAGCACGAGAGCGGGUAAGGCGACUAAUAUUGAGAUUUGUGCAUUGUGGCUAACCGAAGAAUUGAGACACCUUCCUGCGGUUGGGAUUCCGAUCGGAAUUGAACACCGUUAAGACGUUGCUAAAAUAACAUACUUACUUUUGAAGUUUUGAAAUUGAUGCAUAAUAGACUGGCUUAGCGUUUUUUGCAUAGAAUAUAGGCGGAAUCGAGUGAGAAUAAGAACAGCUGUGUUUCAUCGUAAGGGUGCUUACAGAUUAAUCUCUUAUUUUCCAUCAAGGUGGCCAAGGCUUGAAUCUGAUGUCUGCAGACACUGUGAUAUUUGUAGACAGUGACUUCAAUCCCCAGAAUGAUUUGCAAGCGGCGGCAAGAGCGCACCGUAUUGGGCAAACAAGGUAUGAUGACAAGCAGGCAGUAAAUGGUGUAACUGUUGUUGUAAACCAUCCUUUUACUCCUUUUCUUAUGAAGUCUGUUCAUUUGGAGCUGGGUCAUUGCCUUGUGUUCUCGAGCAGGUAUCUUACUUCUCUCCACUGAGGGGUAGAAAAGGGUGACGGGGUGUGGAGGGGCAUCGGGGAAACUUGACAAGACGGGGAACCUAUGAGGGGCAUCCUAUUUAGGGGAGGGAGCUCUACUACUAUUAAUUUAUAGCCAUGAAAGCUGGGAUGACCACGGAAUUCUGAAAUACAUGGCUCAUUUAGGGAAUUACGUUUACCUGUAUAACUGCGGUUCAGUGUUAAACGAAAGAUUACUUUGGGGGGCUGGUGUGCGAAGAGCGAAGACUGUUUUGGUGCCAUGCUUUUCUUUAUAUCACUAGGCCUGUAAAAGUUAUUCGACUUGUUGCGAGAAGUACAGUAGAAGAAAUCGUGUUGAAAAGGGCAGACGACAAGCUAAAGCUAACAAAUUCAGUUAUUGAAGGGGGAAAGGUAUAACUGUAUUCCUUAGAACAGUAUUGAACGGUUCUGUUUCUGUGGAUUUGUUUUUGUUUUUGUUCUUGUUCGUUUGUCUGGUCUGUCAGCCUGUUUUUCAUUCUUUCUUUCAUAAGUUCGUUGGUCGAUUAGUUCGUUCGCCCUCAUUUUCACUCCAUGUACGAGGAUUUGACUAUUUAAUUUCACAGGAUAUGAAAGUAACUCUCCUUCUAGGUGCUAUCCAAGAUAACACCUUCCAGGUCAUAAAUUUGGUCUACUUUCUCCACCUGAUUGCUACACACUGUUUUGAUAUUAUUGAGGUUAAAGGGUUAACCAAAUAAUUAUUGUUUACAUAUCUUUCAGUUUUCAGGUAACGCCUCAGCUUUAAACCAAAUUGCCGAGACUCCAACACAGGUAACAAACACAGUAACUGUAUAUUCUAACUACUUGGUAGACACCCUUGAGAUUUUUUUCUGAUCUUUCUGUUUUUGAGCUUCUGCACUGUGUAUUUGUAGCUGGCAGACUUACUCAAGUACGGCUUGGACAAGUUAUUUGACUCAGAUGAGAGGUAACGUAUUUCACAGCUUUCUUAUGUUUCAGUAAGAUAUUUGUGAACCAUCUACAAUAAGGGUUGUAACAUAAGCUUACUGAUUUAUCUUGAUUUUACUUGUAAACCUUUUAUGUCCAUGCUGUUAUGGCAAUUGCUUAAGUUUAUUUAGUCUCACAAUUUGUGUCGUUUUAUAGGACCCUUACAGAGGAAGACUUGGAAAAGUAAGUUUAAAUCUGUUUGAUUAUCGAAACUUAUUCCAUCUCGGCAAAAUUCUCUGAUCAUUUCAUAAUUAGGAGGGGUGGGGGGGGGGAAGAACAGAAGAACAGGAGGUAUUCUUUUAUUGUUGUUUUUGUUCGCUUUUUUUUGUCAAUGAAGCUUAUUUUCUGAGGGUCUUGCGCGUUUUUAGUAUGAUUUAGUGUCGUAACACUUAAGACUAUAGGUUGGUAAAAUCGCUUUUGUAACGAACUAAUUGAUGGAAAAGUAAGUUGUAACUACAGAAUAUGCUUGAAGAUUGUACUGAAUUUGUCCCCUAUUUGUAUUGAAGUAAGACAAUGAAUUAAAUGAACUAUAUGACUGAAUAAACUGAUCGUUUUAGGAUUCUAGGAGAAAGUUUUAAUAAUGAGUGGACUGUGGGAGAAACGAGAAACCAGAGUAAUUUGAAUAAAGACGUCAUAGUUUCGUGUAUGGAAACAGAUGAUGGUGAGAAAGGUGAAUAACAACAAGACAUGUACAAACCACUUUGAUUGCACUGCUCUAGAACAUUUAAUCUGCUACAUGAAUUGUACAAAAUGCUAUUCUUUAACUUGGGAAUGGGGCUUUAGUGAACAUUAAGAGAUCUUAAAAGCAACGACAAAUAUGCCUUUAAGCAUGUUUCUAAACUUAAGCAAGAGAAAAUCUUCUUGGACUUAGGAAAACUUUGUUGUUCGCGGACUUAAUUCAAGGCAACGCUGAACUUUUCAAGAGUUGGGACAAAAAUGAAGUAUUUCAAAAUCUGCAUCUUUAGGCUCUCCUUGAAAUCCGCUGGCAGUGAAUCGACAGCAAUAUACUCUGGUGAACACGCUCACAACCCCACGAUCCCCACUUUUCCCGCGAGAAGGGGCUCACGUCCUAAACGUCAGCUUCUUAAUAUUCUCUCGGGUGGUUUAUGUAUCCUUAUCAACGUCUACUUUAUGGUCAAAUUAGUGAUUGACUUGCCUGCGGCACAACAGUUCUUUUAGGUAAAAAUAACUGCGCGCAAUCAAGAAACCCUGCUUCCGGCGUCUUUCAUUUGCAGAGCUCACUUACUUUGUUGACAAAUAUGGUCAUCCCCUUGAUCUCCCUUUCAUCAAUUUCACUUCACGUGAUUUUAUUUCUCUCGAUUUUCUAUUUUGAACACAUAGCCUUGCGCCAGCUGCAUUUGAGCCAAUAUUUCCGUGUUUGUGCGCUAUUUGAUUUAAAUCUAAUUUAAAAUUAUGGAAUGAAAAGUUAAUUGAUAUCAACUGUUGGUUUUUUUUUCCUGCGAAGCAGUAAGUGACAUGUACGUGUAUGAAGGUCAUGACUACAGAGAAACAACUGUGAAAGAUCAAGAGGCAUUCGACAACAUGAUGGCUGGUAAUUAUGAAAAGUUACUUACUGCCGAACAGUUAACGCUCAGCGUUUCAUCAUAUCCUAAAGUAUUAAAAUACUUUUACUUUCGUGCAAAAACUAUGCAAAGCAUAAACAAUGCCAACAACCCAAGAAGCUAGUGUUGCUCUCGGCUGCGCCUUGAGCGACUCUUACGCUUUUCUCGUGCUCUCCAAACUUCCGGCGUGCAUCCUUAACUCGAUAUACGCACGCCAAGCAUGGACGAGUUGUUAAAUAUCGCUUUUUGAAACUGUAAUGACUUACGUCACCAAUGAAAUGUUCUAGCUGGUAAAAGUACAAUUUUAAGAAUGACUAAAGUUUAGUUCGCAUUUAAUUUUGCAGACAUGUUAGAGGAAUCCCAAACAGAAGAACGACUACUCCGAAGCGAGAGAAAGGUUUUUUUUAAUUCCUCUCAAAUAAACGUUGUUUAAUUACCUCCCGUUUUUCAACUUCUGAACUGUAUUUCUCAGCUUAGGCAGUUACUAGUUCAUUAUAUUCGGAGGGUUAGCCGUAAAAUAGCAAACUGAAAAGUUAGGCCGUUAGUCGUAAAAAAUGACAAUUUUUAACCGUUAGUCGUAAAAAAUGACAAAUUUUAACCGAUAGACGUAAAAAAAGCUAACCAUAAAAAAUUUUCUGUUAAGAUUAACGGAAAGAAAGUAAUCAUUAGCCGUAAGAUGGCCCAAAUGGUAAACUUUAGUCGCAACAGCCAUCACCCCAUAGAAACCCUCUCUUCAGCUAUUGUAAUUUCUAGGGUAACGAUGAAGAUUGUCUUCUCUUGAUCUUGGUAUAACACUAUUUCGUAGUUAUUUUCUACCGUUUUGGUUUCAGGGAUCCGUAGCCCAUUUCGUUGACCUUCCCAUGAGAAAGCGCAAAAUUCUCUCGCCAGAGGAGUUAGAGGAGCGAAAGAAAAAGGUAAUCUUCUUUUAUCAGUUGUAAUCAGUCGUACCGGUGAGACCUAUAACCAGUCAUACCGGUGAAACCUGUAACCAGUCGUACCGGUGAGACCUGUAACCGGUCAUACCAGUUACAUUAAAACACUCUACUGAUCGUAGGCAAACUUGUUCCCCUCGGACCAAUGGGCCUGUUAAGGCAUUCUUAAGUUUUAUUGCAGGUAACAGAUAGAGUGAGAAAUUUUAAGAUAAGUAAGUUUAAGUUUACCACUGCUGUCAGUAGGAUAAAUGAAAUAAUUCUGCUGUGAAAUUUAUGUACGUUUGCUAUAAAUCGUUGAGAAAGCUACCCGCCGUUAAUUUUCAAGAAAAUAAAAACUCGCUUUCCUAACCUUUGUGUAUUGCUCGAGUGAAAAGGUUAACCGGUCAAAAGUUCAAAAGGUUAGAGCACUUUGACUAAAUUCAUGUUGUUUUUCCAGAGGGAAGAAAAUGCUGCAAAAAGAGCAAAGCUAAAGGAGGAAGAGGAUUCUAGGAAGGAAAGGGACAGACAAACAAAAUUGUGAGUAUCUCAUUCAAGUUUUAUUCACCAUUUCAAGAGGUUUCAGGAGGCAAUGUUCUAAUGCCUUUCUCUGAGGCGUGUUUCAAACCCUUUGGGACAAACUUGUCAUUUAAGUAUGGAGGAAGAGAAGCAUUAGAAUACAUACAUACAUACGUUUAUUGUAACUCCCAACUUGGGCUUUUCGCUUUUCGGAAACUGUUUGGUUCAGCAUUUUUAAGUAAAGCAAACAAUGAUAAGGUUAGUAGGGUCUGUCGCUUAUGCAGCACUGAAGCAGCCAUUGGUUCUCACUGCUUUCUCGUCGUGUGCCGAACAUAAAGAACGAAUUAAGAUAAUUUAUAAUCUCCCCCUCCGCCAUUCGAACAUGUUGCCACAUAACCAUUAUACCCGUACCCUGGCCCCAUACGUAAUAUUCAAUCUGGCUUAUCAAUCGCUCUAACGUGGCUCCUAAGACGAACUUUGUUCGAUAUGAAGCAUCAUGGGAGUGGCGUUUGGACUUGAACGAGCCAUGAUAACCUUCCUGAAAGAAUAACUAAGAAAUGGAGAUUGUCACCGAUUUAAUAUAUACCGAGAAUAUUAGGAAACAAGCGCGUCUUGAUUUUUAAUCUCCCAUGUUGAUUUUCCUAUUAAAGGGAAAAGCUAUGGAAGGACGCCGAUUACUCAACCCUUAAUAUUGCGAAUGGUGAAGAAGAAGACGAAGAUGAAACUAAAGAUUCAUUUGACGAAGAAGACGAACGUGAGCAAAAAGAUAUUCGAUACGUACGUGGUGACGUCACGCAUCCCAUCAAAACAUGCGGUUCCGAUGCCAUCAUAAUACACUGUGUUGGUGAGUGCGCGAUAUCAAAAACCCUGGAAUCACUUCAAUUCAGUAACGUGAAAGCAAAGGUUUCAGCAAUUCAGAUGAAAGCUUGUGCAGAAUCUUCGAAUUUGCGUAGUUUGGCAAUUUUUACAGUUUUUUAUGUUUGCCUUCCUUUGUCUUUAAUUACAUUUCUUUGUUGAUCUUUGUACGUGGCCUUGUCAUCGUCAGAGUUCAUGUUAUCCUUUCCCUCGAGUAAUUUUUGUUGAUUCUCUCAGAGCCUUCCUUAUGCAUAAUCUUCAUCUCCUCGUCGAUUGCCAUACAAAGUGUUCAAGAAACUUCAUAAUUGUUUUAGUCUUUGAACUUUUUCAUCAAUUUUUAUGAGUGGAAUCUAAAAAUAUUUGUAAAUUUCGUCAUUGCUUCCAAUUCAGUGUGCGCAGCGUACUGAUACAUUGAUAUUACCAACAGACGACUCCGGGAGGUGGGGUCAGGGAGGACUAUUCUCCGCGUCAUCUCGAAGAUCAACUCGACCAGAAACUCAGUACGAGCUAGCCAGUAGAAUGAAAGGUAUUGUUGUUGUUUGUACCAUGGCUAUAUCAAAAUAGGCUUCCAUAUGCGGGAUUAAUUGUGUUUUGGAAGUUUUGUUGAGCCAGCGGUGGUUGGUCCACCAAUUACCAAGUAAAUAGGCUGAAAGCUUCAAGCCUUGUGUUAAGGUACAGGUAUCCCAACCCGAAAUCACCACCUUUGUACUCGCACAUACCUCUUGUUAAACAGGGAGGAACGGGAGUAACAUCAUUUCUACUCGUUUUCGUAGUAUUCCACUAGAGGUAAUGAUUGUGUUUUUUGUUAUCAACUAAGAAAUAGAUAGAAAGAACUUUCGGUCUUUUCACAGAACUGAUAAUUGCUAAGACAACUUCUUAUUAUUCUACGUAUUUACUUUUUUCUCUCAUACAUCAAUUUUUAAUUUUUUUUCCUUGUUAAUAUCAUUAUCUUAAAAUGAAUUGAAUUUCUUUGAAAAGCAUAAAAUUAGUUUAACUAUUUCUCGCCCUACUCCAUUUCUUUGUAUUUUCUUUUUUGACGAAAAUAACGCCAAAAUUUCAGUUUCGAAAAUAUUUUUGUGGAAAUCUAAAGGCAGCUUGAACUUGAGCUUGAACGUUUUUUGUUGUUGUUUUUUUUUUUUUUUUUUUUUUUCAGAUCUGAAGUUAGGAGAUGCACAUCUUGUCCCACUUGACGAUCGACGAAACCCAAAGGAUGGUCAUGAAUAUGUACGUUAAAUAAUUUGAAAAGUUUAAGUGGUCGGUUGACUUUGAUGAUGACAUCUGCUGAAGUUUUCGACUGACUCUUGAAACGCCAUUCGAUGUAUUUAAAAACAGCCCUUUUUCUGGACCCUGAAUACCUGCACUGAAGUCAACGUAAGCGUGGAAUACCUCCGUUAGAGUUUAACUAUCGAUUUGUUGACACCUCUCUUAUUUUCUUGUGAUAUCAGAAUGUAGGUGACUAGCUUGCUAGUUCCUGUUACACUCCUUGAUGAAGAAAGGAUUAUUGAAAGUAAAGCAACUUAUCCGAAAUCUCUUGACCUAACCUGACAAGGGCUCGAACCCAGACCCCUCCACCUGGAAUUCAGCAAGAACUGGGCACAACUAAUGUCCUAUCUAGGAGAGUUAAGACUUCUACCUAAUUCCUUUUUUGUCUUGCAAAAGAACAGCUUCUAUUCCAAACUUUCUCAAUGGCAUAUGUUCUCGAAAAAUAUUCAAACCUGGGUGCCAUUUUAGGCAAACCAAAGAAAAUGCUAACAGUGUUAGCUCUUGGUCUGUUUACUCUGAUAGAUUGUAGGCAACUUCAAUGACAAAGCGCGUCGUAUUUAGUGACUUUUCAUCUUCACUGAUACUUUUUCUUUACUAAGGUGGCCUUGAUUGUGGCUCAGUCACGUGACAGGCAGAACAGACUCUCUGGGAUAAAAUUGACGUCAUUAAGUCUAGGCUUGAAGAGGAUAGCAUUGGCGGCAAAGAAAAUGAAAGGUAACAUUUGAAAAAAGUGACCACAGACUGAUUCUUUCCAUAAUUCUUUGAAGCUCAGUUGGUAGAGCAUUCGAACUACCUAAGCUUUGAAUCAUCAUGGGUGGCUCAGUUCUUUGUUUUUCCCAGUAGUGAUAAUUAAAACUCCGCAUGGGUGAUUCUGAUUUUGGCGUCGAUUGCACUCGCUUAGAAAAUCACAUGGUUUUUAGGGGGGACGAAAGGGGGGGGGGGUUGGGAUAAUUCGCGCCAACACAGUAUAAAGCAGAGGACUAUAGAAAAUUGAAUGUCAGUUAACAGCCUAAAAGAGGUGGGGGGAGGGGAAUCAUGAGGAUAAUAUGGAGCCUCGUGGGGGAUCAGGUAAAAUUUUACGUAUUUUUUCGAGACGGAAGAUGAAGGCGGACAAUCCUCUUGGCCCAAGUCCAUUUAGAUGGUGCACCUGGUCUUCUAUCAGAGCUUUAACGGGCGGCACAAUAAAGAUAGAGACCAGUUUCUUCGAGAGAAGAGAAGCGAUCAAUCACUGGCGCGGCUUGUUAUAUGAAAGAUUUUCCAUAGCCAGUUGGUAACGAAAUGGAGACAUCUUUACCUUCAAAAAACAUAUCUAUGGCUUUCUGAUGUUCUUUUCGAAAUAUCUCUAUCCCACAAGUCGCAUAAAUUUGCCUUAAAACCUCGUCGUAGAUCACUUUUGUCUGAAAAGUUGACCAUGAAGCAUUCUGUUCACCAUCUUGUUCGUUAGUAUGAAAGAAAACUACCAACUGUGGCCGAUCAGAAUUCACGAAAAAAUCGACAAAAGGGGUCAACCAGUAAAAAGUUAUUUUAUAUUUUCCUGCAAAAGUGACGUCACAGAACGCGAGUAGUGUCCGGUGUUCGUAGACGUUACCUCACCACACGUAGGCUAGUUUAGUUCAGAUUGAAAACAGUUGUUUUCAGAAUCAGCCGUCAACAAAGAAUGAUGGUUCAGAGGAGUACCCCAUCCCCCUUGGUGAAAAAAGGAAAUGUAGGCAGAAUUCUCCCUUGUUUUUUAUUUAUUGUUUUGAGUAUAUGUUGUUACCUAAGUUCUACCCUUUUUUUCGACAAUGUGUUAUUUUAAAAAUAGAAAAUGUCUUUUCUCUCCAGCUACUAUUCACCUUCCACGAAUUGGUUACAACACACCUAGUUUUAACUGGUAUGGCACGGAGAGACUGUUACGGAAGCACCUUGUCUGCAAAGGAAUUCAGACAUCAGUGUAUCCUUUGCGAAGUAAUAGGUCGCAGAGAUCGUGUAAUGGCGACAGCCUGCACUGACCUUCCAGUACUGUAGCAUGGGUUCGAUUCUCGGACCUGGUUGACGUGUUGGUUUAGCUGGUUUGUGGAUCUCAUCCUUGCUCCGAUGUUUUUUCUCAAGUUUCAUCGUGUUUCUUUCUUUCUUAAAAACCAACCCCUUCAAAUUCGAAUUCGAUCCGUGAACAGUGAAUGAAGAGCCACACACGUAGAUUUACCAUUACGGAAUCCAAUAAAAUAAUUGGAUCAUACCAUGAGGUUAGAAAUUGUGUUUUGUGCAAAAGUGGCAUUGAUCGGGUUCUCUUUUAUCACAACCUUUCUUAUAUAUAUAUUUUUUGGAUUUGAUAACCCACAAAUUUUUUCCAACGCCGAAUUGUUCAGUGUGGAGUCAUGUCGCGUCUCUCAAGGUGAACUGAGGGAAUAACUUUUUAAAGGGCGGUCUUGAAACGGGGUGAAAUAACGAAAUCUGAUCAAUAUCUAUAUUUUAUUUUAUAUAAGUAGAACUGAACUAACAGAUCUUGACACUAUCGCAGAUAUUAUUUUGAUAGACAAUCAGCUACAAAUAACUCAAAAACGCUGACAUCAUUAAACGCAGAUUCUCUGAAAAAAAGAAGUUACAAGGCGAAAGACAAGCGGGAAACAUCCAAGGAUGAUGAAUCCUCUCAUGGUGAACAUCCAAAGAGUACAAAGCAUUCACUACCUGACUUCAUGUACGGUGUAAAUGUCUUGUUUCAUAAUGUUGAAGAGACACAUAGGAAGCAAUUGACACGCUAUCUGGUGGCAUAUCCUUUAAUCUCCAUUUUUAUUUGUUUCGAAAGUGCAUGUUCUCCUUUCCUAUUACGAAGAAAGGUAUAACUUGAUCAUAACAGUCACCUCAGUGAUGUAUUAUGGACCCUUUCCCAAAAUGGCAAACAACACCAAAAACUCAUCUGAAGGAAAAAUAUCCCCUAGAAUGCCGUCUACUCCUGGAUGGGAUACUGAUCGGUUUUAGGUUACCCACAGCAUUUCGUCAGGUCUUUCAUGGCGGUUUACCGGUUCCCAUUUUCAUUCCUGGGGGAGAGAGGCAUUUUGAGAGUCUGAUAGUUAAUUCAUGCCGGAGACGUCUUUGAAGCUCUUCCUAAUGUAGAGCCUUGAAAACAAAGUCAGAAUUUAGCUUAAAGCCAGGGAGAAUAACUGCUAAAGUUGCUGCUCGACGCCGGUGACAAAUUUUAACAUUUUCCUUAAAAACUUUCUAAGUAAAGUGAUUUAUUUCUAUAAAAUUGAUCAAGACAGUUAGGCGUGUAUAACGUACUGGAAAAUUUCAUCUUUAACACUUGUUUAUUUACAAUGGCGAUGUAUCACACAUUGCGUGCGGGGAUGUGACUCAUGUGGUAACUUGUGAUGACAGCGAUCAAUAUGUAAGUAACAUGCAGUCGUAUUUUCAUUUCAGUAAACAAAAGCAGGUUAACUCUUACGCGCCUAGUAGCCAGGUACUGCCGGAGCUUAUCCCGCUUCUGACUUGAAGUCACCAGUUCUGCAGAGCAUUAUUGUUUUGUACUCCUUUAACCCGUUUCUCGAAAGACCCCGGUAAUUUUACAGGCCCAAAGGCAUAUUUGAAAAUGUACUUUGAAGGAAUAUAAGAGCUGCUCUUAGCUAAGACUGAAAACCAUAAUCUUCUGUUUCGUUUCCUGGUAUUAUUGUUAUUUGAUUUCAAAACACAUAAAAUCUGGAUCUUGAAUAUGAACAAGACAUACGAAGAUAGCUCUUUGGGACAAGGAAUUACGAGGACGUUUACCAAUCCGCAGAACGGAAACCAGUUCCUUCAGUGUAGAGAACCCUCCAGAAAUUCGUCGGGUUUCCCCGAUUGUUUAUUGUUCCCGGCUAUAUUAUACACCUGGGCGGAGAGAGGAUCUCCUAGUGUGAACUGCCUUACCUUAAAAACCAAACACGAUACUUUUAAUUCCAGACAAAGUUUAGCGCGCAAACCGUUAGUCCUCAGCGACUCACGUAUCAUUCCAUUAAAAUUAACGACUUUCCAACAUUUAAGUCCAAUUUUUUUUUCUUGGUACUUAAGUUGAGUAUUCCUUAUUUUAUUAAUUUUCAUUUUCAGCACUCCUCUCAAGAAUUAAACGAUGAUGUCAAGGUUGUCAGUUCAAAAUGGCUAGAGAGCUGCUUUAGAAAAAGAAGAAUUCAGGAAACAGCACCGUAUGAAAAACAGAGGAAGGAAAAGAAUUAAUGUUAAAGUGAACUUGGUAGCGAAAUUAAACUUUUUUCUUUUGUUUUUUUUUAUGAUGUGAGUACAUGCAUUGCUCUUCUUUUCUAAGAUAUCUAUCAUAGGAGAACAAGGAAACCUAACAGUGCUUGAGAUACUAUCGUACCCAUAAGAAAAUAAGGAAACCUAACAAUGCUUGAGAUACUAUCGUAACCAUAAGAAAACAAGGAAAACUAAAAGUGCAUGAGAAGCCAAGGAAAACCAACAAAACCACGAAAUACUAACUUCACAAUCGGACAUCAAUGAAAUUUAAAAACUGGGUGAUAAAAAUCGAGCUCUAAGAAAAGCUGAGAAUUCACGAGAUGCUAACAUGACAAUAGGACAACAAGGAAUUCUUAUAGUGCACGAUACACUGAAGUAAUUGUCAGACACCAAGAAAAACUAAAAGAGCGUGGGAUUCUAAGGUAACAAACGGACAACAUAGAAAACUAAAAGAGUGCAAGAUGCUGAAGUAAUAAUGGCACAUCAAGGUAAACUAAAAGUGCCCGAGAUAUUUAUCUAACAACCCGACACCAAGGAAGUGCACGAGAUACUAUUGUAACAAUCGGACAACAAGAAAAACUUAAAGUGUGUUAGGCACUACCUUAACAAUCAGGCAAAAGUAAAAAUUAAAACAAAAGUCUACGAAAUGCAAUUAUAAGCAUUGGAUACCAUUUAAGUUUAAAGUGCACAAGAUACUAACCUUAAAACCGGCAAAAUCG